AUGGUGGAGAAAAACAGCGAAGAAAUCGGAGCAGCAAUCCAAAAGGAUCUUGGAAGGGAUCCAGUCCAAGAGGUCGCUAACGCUGUACGUCACGUGCAGGAGUUGAUCAGCCAUGUGGAGGAAUGGAGUGCUCCAAAAAUUGUAGCUAAACCACAAAUGUUCAACAAUGACAGCGAUGAAGUGAUGUUGAUGACGGAACCGUUGGGAGUUGCGUUGGUCAUUUCACCAUGGAACUUCCCACUCGUGACGUCGAUGCCAGUCGCGCUGGCCAUCGCUGGAGGAAAUACCGUGAUCUUGAAACUGUCCGAGCUUUCCCCGACGUUCUCGUCCGUUUUCGCUCGUCUCGUUGCCAAGCACUUCGACGAGAAGCUCUUCGCUGCUGUCGAAGGCGCCGUGCCAGAAGUGACAGCGUUGCUCGCUGAACGAUUCGAUCACAUCACGUAUACCGGUAAUCCGACGGUGGCCAAGGUGAUUAUGACGGCAGCGGCCAAGUAUCUCACACCAGUACUUCUUGAACUCGGCGGUAAAAAGUGA